AUGGGGUGAACAAAUAAGAGUGAGGGAGAACAAGUCACACCCAACACCUCUGAUGCGCCCAGUGAAUAUCAAGGCAAAGAAAUCCAACAGAAACAAAAUUCACAGCAGGAUACUCCAGCAGGGCAGCAAACAUGAAAAGCAGGUACACAGCCAUCCAGAUGUCGAUUGCCUUCACGUAGGAUACCUGCAAUAUCUAUCAAAAGAGCAGUUAACCUUCCUGGAGUCCUCCCAUGGCCUAUCCAGUGAGUUGUCAACCCUUACCAACUGCCUGUUCUUCAAUUUUAUCCUGAAUUCAUUUUUUUUAAAGAAGCUUUCCAUGAUAUUUCUAAUUGUCUGAAGUCCCAUGUCAAAGAGAUAAUCUUUCAUCUCUUUGCACUGUCCACCCUCCACUUUCAUCUGCCUUUCUUCCCUACACUUCUUUUUCUUUCUUUCUUUUUUCUUUUGCUUUUGCUUCUGACUCUGCUUCUUAUUAUUCUUUUCAUUCUUAUCUUCUUCUGA